AAAGAGCACUUGGCUUCAAUAGCGCAUUCAACGUCUUUCCGUCUUCGUAUAUUCGUGUCCUCACGUUGUCAUAUUUUCCUUACUCUGGUAAAGAGAACAUUAUCAUUGUUAUUUAAUUCUACGUUUCAACUAGAAACAUUUGGAAGAACAUCUUCAUAGGAUCUACAAGGUGAAAUGUUUACCGUACAAACUAUCCGCAUAGCUGUACUGCUUGUCAUUGCUCUUCUGUACGAUACAUGUUCCGGUUACCCGUCGAUAAGACAAAAGCAAGAGAUAGCAUCACAUUGCAAAGGAUGUGGCGACUUUUGCCACAAAUGCGAAUAUGGUGUUGUAAUGUCAAAUGUUUGCGGGAUAAUGCAAUGCGCAAAGGGACCUGAUGAAGCUUGCGGCGGGCCGAGAGAACUUUUCGGUACUUGUGGCGAAGGCAUGCGCUGUACGUGCAAUCAAUGCACAGGUUGUAGUUCGGAAAAUUUGAGAUGCUCGAAAAUUCAAAAUCCUUGCUUGCGCGAUGUCAAUAUAUUUGGAAGAUGGCCUACUAUCAUGUAAAUUGAUACGAUGAUUAUUUAUCGCGAAUCGGAUGGUCACCUACUUACCUAACAAAGCGAAAAAAACUGAGAUAUUUUUAAAUUCUACAAACAAUUCUACCACAGGGAGUUGAAUGACGUACGAUGCUUUUAUUUUACUAAUGUUUUAUUUAUUGUUAAAUAAAACGCGCGUUGAAUGA